AUGGGUUUGGGUAAGACAACCGAUCCCAGUGCGGCCGAGCACGGAGUACGUCAGAAACCGGCAGGAAGCAGGAAACGGGAGGCAGGCAUGUCGUCGUCCAAGGACGCUCCUCUCAGCCCUCGAUCCCAGCUGGCGCUCAGUUGCUUCGAGGAGCUCCUCGACUGCGCCGUGGCGGACGUCGCGUCGGAGUGCCACCGCAUCGCGCGCCUCGGCCUGGACCGCAGCGUCGACGGCGAGGAGGAGGAGCUCCGCGUCUGGGCGGCACGUGCGGCGGCCGCCGCCGCUGGAGGUGACCACCACCACCCUGGAGGAGGCGGGGCCGCCGAGGAGGGUGGGAGCAAGGGCGGGGUCGACGUGUUCGGCCAGACGCACCCCGCCAUCGCCGCCGAUGUCGUCGAGUGUAUGAACUGCGGUCGCCCUGUCGUCGCCGGCCGCUUCGCCCCGCACCUCGAGAAGUGCAUGGGCAAGGGACGGAGAGCCCGAACGAAAAUUACAAGGAGCAGUACGGCUGGGCGCAUGAGAAGCAGCAAUGGCAGCGUUGCCACUCCCUACUCUCCAUACUCCACCACGGCGAACCCUAAUAGGGCAAGCAUCCCUAAUGGUGUGACUGACGGCGGCGGCGGCGCAAGGGGAGAUUACAGCAACCAUGCGCCCUAGGUGUGCUGACUGAUCCUCUACUCAAGUUUGGUUGUGCCGUAGCGGGUGCUGGCUGACUCAGCCUGUAUUCAUGUUUCCUUGCCGUGGAUGGCAUGAAACACGUUUUGUUGAUAAGUAUGGUCUAUGUAUGAACCCCCGAAAACCACUCUGGUGACCAGUGAAGGUGAGGAGCCAUGGGCGAAGGUUUGAAUCAUGUCUUUGAACCCCGUCGAGAAGAUCACCUGUUGGUCAGUGGAUUUAACCUUUUGUACAGCUUGUUGGUUCGAUCAGUAUCCAGUAGUUUGUUGCAGUA